AUCAACAAUACACUUAAGACUUUAAUAAUGGAUUCUUCUCUGAAAACUCAGGAGCCUCAAGUAGUAGAUACACCUGAAACUACUCCUUCUCCAAUAGCUCAGGAGCCUCCUCAAGUAGUUGACAAACCUGCGGUUGUUCCUUCUCCGAUAGCUCAAGAGCCAGACAACGAUGUUCCGGCGCCGGGAAACGAGUUUGCUGAGUUCGCCGCCGGGUGCUUCUGGGGAGUUGAGCUUGCUUUCCAGAGAAUCCCUGGCGUGACCGUGACUGAAGUCGGUUACACUCAGGGGAUCUCUCACAAUCCGUCUUAUGAAGAUGUCUGUACGAACACCACGAACCAUGCAGAAGUUGUUAGGGUUCAGUUUGAUCCUAAGGAGUGUACCUAUGAGACGCUUCUUGAUUUGUUUUGGUCUAGGCAUGAUCCAACCACCUUGAAUCGUCAGGGAAAACUUUUGGGAGCACAAUACCGAUCAGGUAUAUAUUUCUACACACCAGAGCAAGAAAAACUAGCACGCGAGUCUCUAGAGAAAGAGCAGACAAAACUGGAGGAUAAGAUUGUGACUGAGAUCUUACCGGCAAAGAAAUUCUACAAAGCUGAAGAAUACCAUCAGCAAUACCUCGUCAAAGGCGGGAUGCAUGGCAACGCUCAAUCACCUGCAAAGAGCUGCAAGGACCCUAUCCGCUGCUACGGCUAAUCAAAAUCAUUUGUUGCUCUUCUCCCAAAACAGAGGACUCUCUCAGAGGACCUCUGUACCUGUUUGUUUGUUUGUUGGUUUGUGUGUGUCUUAAUAUGUACUUGUCAGCUCAUACAUAAUAAAAGAUGUGGGAUCAU